GUCGAUGUUGUCGAGUUCGAAGUAUGCGAUACACCUCGCAUCAAACUAACCUAAAUUUCUUAUCUAGAAUCUUGUAUACAAGGUACAGUGAGGUGACGAAAUGAUAGUCAUCUCGAGAUUCGUUACCAAAAACGGCUUCGCCGUUUCUCAGGGAAGAUAUAUCGCAAGAACAUUAUCCACUGAGAAGAAAUAUGUGGAGACAACUGAAAAAAAUGGGGUCAGAACUGUCCGUUUGUGCGACUCUUCUUCGCGUAACUCCCUAUCGCUAGGGAUGCUAAAAACUUUGGUGACAGAGAUCAAGAGAGAUGAGGACAACAAGGACCUCCGAUCGAUCGUACUGAUGUCCGAGCCAGGAAAGGUGUUUUCUGCCGGGCACAAUCUGAAGGAACUGACGGCUACGAACGCCAAGUCUCACAAGGACGUGUUUGAGAUCUGUUCGGAGUUGAUGCGAGCCAUCAGUCAGAGUCCGGUGCCAGUAAUCGCAGCGGUGGACGGUUUGGCAGCCGCAGCUGGCUGUCAAUUGGUUGCGGCGUGUGACAUCGCGGUGUGCACGGAAAGAAGUUCGUUCUCCACUCCGGGAGCGAAUAUCGGGAUAUUUUGCUCGACACCGGGUAUACCACUGGUGCGCAAUGUACCAAGGAAGAAUGCAAUGUACAUGCUGUUUACUGGUUUCCCUAUUUCCGGCAAAGAAGCUUACGAAUGCGGUCUCGUUAGCAAAGUCGUAGCGAACGACAAACUCGACGAGGAAAUUCGUCGAAUUACAGACGCAAUUAACGCAAAGAGUCGCUCGGUUAUGCAUUUUGGUAAAACAUUUCUGUAUGAACAAAUUACUCUUGAUAUAUCGACAGCAUAUGUUCUCGGUACCGAAAAAAUGGUAAAUAAUCUGAAAAUGAAAGAUGCUCAGGAAGGAAUACAAAGUUUUCUAGAAAAGAGGAAGCCGAAUUGGUCUCAUGAUUUAGAAUAA